CCCGGCGGCCCCGGCCCGAUGGCGGCGCUGAAGUACGCGGGGCUGGAGGACACGGACAGCGAGGAGGAGCUGCCCCCCGGCUGGGAGGAGCGCACUACCAAGGACGGCUGGGUUUACUACGCAAACCACCUAGAAGAAAAAACACAGUGGGAACAUCCUAAGUCUGGGAAGAGGAAACGUGUGGCUGGAGGUCUGCCAUAUGGAUGGGAGCAGGAGACUGAUGAAAAUGGACAAGUCUAUUUUGUAGACCACAUAAACAAAAGGACUACCUAUCUUGACCCAAGACUGGCCUUUACUAUUGAAGACAAUCCAGUAAAACCUACUACUAGACAAAGAUAUGAUGGAAACAGUACUGCAAUGGAGAUACUCCAGGGUCGUGACUUGAGUGGAAAAGUGGUUAUAGUCACAGGAGCAAACUCGGGAAUAGGUUUUGAAACUGCAAAGUCCCUUGCACUGCAUGGGGCACAUGUUAUCCUGGCCUGCAGAAAUAUGUCAAGAGGCAAUGAUGCUGUGCAACGUAUUCUCAUGGAAUGGCAUAAAGCCAAGGUAGAAGCAAUGACCUUAGACCUUGCUUCUCUUCAGAGCGUACAGCACUUUGCUGAAGCAUUCAAAUCCAAGAAUGUGCCUCUUCACAUACUGAUCUGCAAUGCUGCUGUGUUUGGUGUUCCCUGGUGCUUGACGGAGGAUGGCCUGGAGACCACCUUCCAGGUGAACCACUUGGGACAUUUCUAUCUUGUCCAGCUUCUGGGAGAUGUUUUGCGCCAGUCAUCUCCUGCUAGGGUUGUGGUGGUGUCCUCUGAGUCACACAGAUUUACAGAAAUCAAAGACUCCUCUGGAAAACUUGAUUUCAACCUGCUUUCUCCAUCCAAGAAGGAGUAUUGGGCUAUGUUGGCCUACAAUCGCUCCAAGCUUUGCAAUAUACUCUUCUCUAACGAGCUAAACCGACGCCUUUCUCCCCAUGGGGUGACAUCUAAUUCAGUCCAUCCUGGAAACAUGAUGUACUCCUCCAUUCAUCGUACCUGGUGGCUGUACACCCUGCUGUUUACUUUGGCUCGGCCUUUCACCAAAUCCAUGGUAGGAGUGUGUUUCUUCUUCUAAUUUUUUAUGUGAUUCAAGAACUACACUCAAGAAUAGAGGAGGAAGAUUUGGCCAAAAAAACCACCACAACUUGAUUGAAUCCAUUUGCCAGUUAAAAUAUUAAAAUGUUUCUAUGUUUGUUGUUUGUUAUAUGGCCUGAGUUUGUGUGAUUUACUUGUAAUAAAGUGGCAGGUUUUACUAAUUAUAAAGCAUCACAUUGAAAUGCUAAAGAUAGCAAUGUUGAAUAGUGCAUCUUACAUAAAAGUAAUUUUUGAGAUAUAUAGAGAAUUUUUUGUCUUGAAAAAGAUGAUCUGCUUGUUCCAAUCAUGCAGGAUUGAUUUGCUAGUGUUGUGGAUUUCCAUCUCCUAUAGCAGUUCUCUCUUAAAGAGUUGACAUUCCCACAAAUGGAGUUUUUAUACAAGUGCUGCUUUUGUGGAUGGUACUUUCAACUCUAAUGUAUUUAAGAUAGAUAUUGCUAUGAAUUCAGGAGAAUGUUAAUCAGGUGUAGGAAUUGAAAGUUACUGUGGGCUUGUUUUUCAUGUUUGUUCACAACAUUGCUAGUUUCUAUUCUUUGUAAUAGGUGACUGUGUGUAUAUGAGUGGCUGGUGACACAACUAACUGAUUAUGGAAGUAUUUACUUGAGUGUUGGGUACCAAACGUGAUGUAAAGGAACAGAUUGUAGAAUUAUUCUGAACUGGCAGGUUGUUACUGAUUUCUCUUUGAAUGCUAUACCCACCACUAUGCAAAAAAUACUGAAGAACAUUUCAAGUUUACAAGCUAGAGCAUAAGCAUACCUGGAAAUACUAGGAUUAAAGUUUUCAUUGAAACACUCUGGAAUGCAGGUGUUUUUCUUACAGUUGCCUUGCCUGUCACUGUAAUCUAUUAAUGAAUGUAAUUAGGGUUUUUUCAUUUUGCUAGAAAAUUGGAAACACUAUUCCUUUACACUGAGCAGCAUUACUGUUAAAAUGUUGUCCUGAGAUGUCAAACUAACAUGAAGAUGAAUACUACCAGUACAAGAAAACUAAUUUAGCACUUCAAAUAAAACAACUGUCUUGGCAAUUUUUUAUGAUAAUGACUUUGUAACAGUGUCAUUUAGAAUCUGAUUGUCUACUCAGGCCAAAUAGUUCAUCCCAUCCCAAAUAAUGUGGUUGAUCUAACAGUGUUAAUUAAGGAGCAGAGGUAUGAUCUGCACAGGGAUAUGGGGUGUCCUGGUGCUCCCUGCCUCAGCACUGCAGAGAUCCCUCUCCACUGCAGAGCAGUGUUGUGCCUGUGUAGGAAAGGAAUUUCUCCACUGAAGUUCCCCAAGGGAAAGGCCCAAAAUAUCAGUGCACUUGAGCAGGUAGGCAGGGUCUUAGAGUGGUUGAGCAUCUGAAAAAUCCUUCCAUAUUUCCUCUUGUGGACUGGGCAUAU